GUGAGUGAAUCUUGUUUGAUUUAUUGCAAAUAAACAUGGAGAAGAAAAUGGACUCUGGGUUAAUUGACAUGAAACGUUAUUGAUGAAAGAGUCUGCUGCAUGGGCCUUUGCCAUAAAAUGCAGACAGAUUUGCGUGGGCAGGAAAUAAUCCAUAUGGGUUAGUUCAUGUGCAUCAACUAAGAUUGUUUAAAUGUCGUAAAGGAAAUUUCUUUUUGCCAUCUGAUCAAUGGAUUCGAAUUAUUAAGUUACUCAAGUGCUUGCUCAGGUGCAAAAGAUAAACUUAUAUUGUUAAUACACUGAAUAAAAUUGCUUGCAGUUGUAUUUUGAAUGGAGAACAAUUUCUUGGUGUGCAGAGUGUUUUUCCUAUGAUGAGAGAGAGAGAGAGAGAGAGAGAGAGAGAGAUUGAGAUUUUUCACAGCCAAUGGAAGUGAAUUGUCAGCACUGUUCAAUUAUUCAAUUAUAGUUUACUCACUUCACCCUUUGAUAAAACCUGGCCAAACUGGUGAGUGAAGCUCACUUAAAAACAACAGGCCUUCCUAUCAUCGACAGAGUGGAAGAGAGAUGUCUGUUUAAUUCAGAGAAGGAGGGAGACACUCAAAUCAACAGAAUGGAGGAGAAAUGUCUGCAUUAUGGAGCUGACUUAGGAUGCCUGUCUAAGUCAGAGAUGUAUUUCAUUGAUGGACAGGACUGGAAUAAGUGGAUGGAGGAGGAGAGAAUUUUGAGAUCCACCUCUCACAGAUCUCUGUGUAUCCCGGAGUUAUUGCUGCAUUACUGGCAUCAUUUGGGCCUGGCACGCUUCUCAAGGUCAAGGUCAACCUCUGAAUCAAAAUGGAAAUAUUUUUCUCUUGAUUGUCUGUUGUUGCAUGUAGUUUGUUGGUAUUGAAGAAUGGAUUAAGAUUAACUGAGGGCCUGAAAUGGAAGCUAUAAUACAUAAUAGAAUAUUUGUAGUAAGAAGCUCAGUUAUAGUAUUGGAAUUCUAAAAUAUCAAAAAUUGUGGUUUUAGUAUAAAAUCUUUAAUAGAAUUUUUUUUUAAUUAAAUCCAUUGUGGGGACUCAAACCCUUAAUAUACAGAAUGCCAAACUUUUUACUUGUUGGGUAAAUCAGGCAGGUGAUGAAUUUUAGAAGGACCCCAGGGUUUGACACUAAGACACGUCCGACCGACUGAGUCUACUAAAUAAUAGGUCCGGUCGGGUAAAAUGUCCAUUUACUAGUCCGACUGGUCGUGUUGAAAAAAUAAACAAUAAACUUUAGUUUAAAACCAUAAGAUAUCUUAUUCUUAACUAAUAUAAUAAGUUAUUUAUGUAAUAACUUUAAAGAGUUGAACCGCGUGAUGACAUAAUCUCUAUUUUUAGUUUGGCCGCGGUCGGAAGUGGUCUUUUACAACAUCUACUCGAUGUUAAUGUGUGAAAAGUUAUGUUUCAGAUAAAUAUAUAUAAAUUGAAUUCAUUUCAAAUUUUAAAAAAAUGAUUUGCAAAAGUGUUUAUGGAAUUAAUAAAUUACGUCGUAAACAGCCAUUUUUCGAUGUUGACAUGUGUGUGGGAAUGUCUCCAUCUAUAUUCAAAUACGACUUCUCGCGAUCUCGUCCUCAAGGAAAGAUGUCCCAAGUGGAAAAGAAAAGAAAAGGUUGGGAAGAAACAAAGCAGGGCUUAUGAAAUAGAACUUUUAAAAAAACGGUUCAGGGCAUCUUAUUCUAAUUGGACCAAAGAAUUUUUGUGCCAUAUAGAAUUUAAGCAAAGGGAAAAUGUUUGAAUUAAAUAGCACCAAAUUGAAUGAGGAGACUAAAGAUUUUUUUUGAGACAAUGAAAUACAUUUUAGUUCAAAGUUAAUGUUUGUCAUUUGAAUCAAGUACAUGUAUUUAAAUAUGGAGAAACUAUCAAUUUCCUUGUGAAAAGUUGGUCAGGGCUAGUAGAUGCAAGGUCAGGUCUAGUAAAAAUCAUUUGAAGUAGCCCGACUGGUCUAGUGCUCAAAAAAGUAAAUGUCAAACCCUGGACCCCCCCCCCCCCCAAAUGAUAUAUUUCUAAUUAAUUUUGCCACAGUGGUGGGGGAAGUGUUUAAAAAAUAUAUUGAACCUCUUUGGGACUCAAAACUUGUGAUUAUUCACUCAGCUAUCCAGCUAGGCUACAAAACUGAAAAGGAGCAGGAAUGUCAUGAUUUAGUUGUCAAACAGAUUACUAUAUAAAUAUAUCGAUGCAUAGGGUAAAAAUAAUCUGUGAAAAUUUGCUUGCCCCCCCCUCCCCCGGAAAUUGUUUGCUCUGGAUGUGACAUAUACAACUGUUUUGCACACUAACAGGUAUGGGAGUUCUCAAAUAUGAAGCAACAGAUCUAAUGAAAGGUUUGAGGGGGGGGGGGGGGGGUUCCUUGGAUUCAUGCCUUUUGCGUACGAGGGGGGGGGGUGUACUUUGGAGUGAAUCUUUUAGUAAAUCUAUGAGUAGGAAUGCUAUUAUGGAACAACAAGAAAUGGGGAGAUCACUUUUGCUCAUUGUUUUUAUGGAAUAUGGGAAUUAUGAAAUCCGCUUCAACCACUCCAAGUAGGGAUUUAUUGUUUGGAGAACAGAAUCAAGCUCGAGUUUCUGAUUGGUGAUAUUAUUAGAUUUACCUGGUGGGAGAGAAAACUAAAUUUAAAGGAAAAGGGAGCCAAGUAUGAAUUGCACGUGAGAAUAAAUUAAGACAGUAAAUUACAAACAGGAACAUGGGUUGGUAAACACUCUUGUAAAUCUCUUGUACGAUAUGAAGGGCAUGUAAAGGAAUGCAAAGUUUCGUGGACUCGAUAGAUAUGUAAAUACUACGUAACACCCCUUGCAAGUGGAGACCUCAGACACCAAGGAGAAAUGGAUUGUAUUACUGAACUGCAAAAACUAGAGAUAGCCGGGUGUCACAGAUUUGGCAAUGGAGAAUCAAAAAAAAAAAAAUUCUCUGACCUUGUAAAACACCAUUUUUGAUAAAAGACAAAAGUUUGGUGGAUUUUUGAGUCAUUGAUUUUUACAUGUACAUGCUAAAACACUGCAUUACAUAGAAACGCAUUGUUUAGUGGGGGAGAGAGGUGAUGGGCGUUGGUGUGGAUAUUUUCUGCUGAUAAGCCUAAUAGAUGUUUUACAGUGAAAUUCAAAAGAAGAUGAGAAUUUUUUUCUCAGCUUAUGGAGAGAAUUUCAUUCUUGGAUGGAGGGUUAUAAACUGAUUAGAAGUAGAUUUAUGUUUAUAAAAAGAAUUUAUGGUCUUCCAAGAAAUUUUCUGAAAUAAGCCAUGAAAGUGGGUUAAAUGUUCAGGUAGACAAGGUAAUUGUCUCAAAUUAAAAUUCUCUGGAUGUCUGGGGAUGUGGCAUUUAAUUAAAUAUGCAGGAUUUUUCGAGGUAGGACCGUGACUGGGAGACACAAAGAUGAAGAAGGGAAUGUGGUAAAAUUUCUGAAAUAUCUGUUGCAUGGUCUCUCUCUCUCUUUCCACGUGAUGUGUCUGGAUGAAAUUUAAAUCAAGGAGGUUUGGAGGAUUAUCGAGUCUGUUUCAAGUGAAAAACAGCAAUAACUUAUACAGCAGUUUUUGUGUAGCAGGUCAGAUGCAUACUAUUGUUCCCAGGUGAAACUCUGUAUAGCUUUUCACAGAGAAUAGAAGGAUAUCCAUUCUGGAGUCGGUGUCGGAGAGUAGGAUGAAAUGUGUGCUGCACUGGUUCUAAUAUCUCGGGAUUUAAAAAGACAUUAAAGGUAUGCUAUACAUGCAGACAGAGAUUUAAAAAGCGAGGGGCUGUUUACACAUAUUUGAAGAAAGGAAGAUAUAGAAGUAGUUUUCACCCGGAUGAGUCACACUCGUAGGAUAGAAGAAGAAAAAAAUAAACUUCCCAAUAUUCAAUGCAUUAUCUGCAAAGCAAGAUUGGAAUGCACAGUACAGGGUUUUAACAAACGCAAGGUAUUUAAUCAAUGAGGGAACAAUGAUUAAAACCAGAGUUCCUGAUCAUAUUGAAACCUCGGGAUAAAACAGCAAUCACAGAAAAUGACAAGGUGGCGUGAACAUACUUUUCAUUGUGCAAUUUUUAAAAAAAGUUCAUCAAUCAGGAUUGUUUAACAAAAUUGAAAAAUCACAUCCGCAAUGUUUAACGGUGAAUUGUCUUCAGUGUGUUGAAAAAGGAAUAUAUUUGAAUAUAUUCAAGUGCUUGCUAUAAAAGUUCUUGAUGCAUUCAUUAAAUCCUUACUGCCUAAUUUCUAUACAGUAUUUUUUUUACCUGAGCUAUGAACUGUCUGUGAGGAGAAUUUGUCAUUAAUUUUUCUUUCAACACCAUGUCAUAUUUCAUACGCAUGACGCUUGAGUGAGGAAUUUGAACCCUGGCAGAAUAUUAAAGGAUAGCCCUAACAGUGCAGGUUGGUAGACGGGGAAAAAAUUUGGUCGUACCCCAAACACCAAUCUCAUGUUUUAACAUGGUAGCUGAGGAUGUGUUGACACCAGAAUUUGGAAUUUAAGGACGUGACACGUUAAAUUGAUAUUCAGGGGAGAGGUUUAUCUUUUGUAAUUCAGUCAUUAGAAGAAAAGAAGUGGAUCAAGUUGUGCAAGUGUGAAUUUUUUCUCGUGGUUAGAGGGCAUAUUCUACCUAUUUCUCCACUAAGAUGGAUUCCAAUUUUUAUCUUUUGGAUUAAAAAGAAAGUGUGUAAUGUAAGAGUGUAUAAUCAAGAUUUUUUUAAUCUUGAGGUGUAUUUCUCUUGCUUGGAAUUUGUGAAGGAGGAAACCUUUCCUUUUUUCCUGAAUUGGAUUUUAUUUUACCAGAACUUCAGGUUUAUAUUUCUGAUAUUGUCACACUUCAGAGAGCAAAAGUGAUCAAGUCUUGAAAGAUGUUAAAAUUCAUACUGCAUGUGGAAACUUAUUUGAAUAAUUUAUGGACUAUAUUUUGAAAGGAAUUCGGUGGUUAUAAAUUAUCAAGUGCAGUGUGACUGUUGAGCUUUUAUAGGGUCAAGGAAGAUAUUUUUCUUCAAAUAUACACUAUUCAAUCUGUGGUGUAAUAGUGUUUUAAUUUCUUAUGCAGUCGAACUGUCAUGGUUGUUUGCAUGGCUGCUCCUGUUUCACCUCGAUUUAGGAGAAAUAAGGAGAAGCUUGCGAACGUACUUGAACCUCACAGUAAAAUUCGUCGUCGUAGAGUGACACGGAGUGAAAGUCAGGAAUCCCACCAGACCAAGAAAAUACCAAAAGAACUUGCUCUUGCAAUGGGACAUGGAUUAGCUGAAGGUGGGGAACAAGAAAUCUCAUUGGAGGAGAGAAUCAAGGCCAUUGUUAUUGGAAACCAAAAGGAAAUUCCCCGUCAUUUCUUGGACCAGGAAAUGAGGAGUUUGUGUUCGACUGUGGAGUUGGAGGAGUGGAUACGUAAAUCUUUCACAAAUAAAAAUUCAGUGCAGAGUAGUGAUUCUACAGGUGAAGAUUUGGAACCAGAAGGGUCCACUGGAACAAAGGGAGCUAAUCUAAAAAAGAAAGAGCACUCGGAACCGAAAAUAUCUUAUAGUGAAAGAAGGACUUCUCAAACUACAAAAAUCCGAGUGGACAAUGAACAUUACUCUGAGAGAUUACGUGAACAGCAACUCUACAGUAGAUCUCAAACAAGUACACUCAGAAAAGGAAGCACUCAGAACAGUAUAUGUAACCAUGAAAGUAGGCAAAGAGGCUUACAAAGCUCUAGUCAUCCUAAAACCAUUGCUCAAACUGGUGUCAGUGCUUGUGACAGAAGAUCUGCUGAUACUGUUAGGCGUUCCAGUAAUAAUCGUAAUGAUAAUGGAAUAGUCAAGAAAAAAUCGUCGAGGGAAAAUUCUCGUGAAGACUUGGUCAACAUAACAGACUCAGAAAAGAUUUUGUACAAGUUAAGGUCCAGCAGUAUUGUCCGGCACAAGAGUUUGCAUAAUCCUCGGAGUAACAGUGUGAUGCUGCUGCCGGAUCCGAGGUCCGACCGGGGCAGGUCGGAUGACGUCCUCCAGCGGUCCCUGCGCAGUAGGUCAGAGUCGCGGACACUGGAGAAAGAUGAUGACUCGCAGGGGAGCUCAAAUUCGAGCAAUGAUAAAGGGGACUUGGGUGUAUCAAUCAAACGAAUGCCUGAGACAACUGCAGCUGCUGAGAAGAUGGACAAUGACAAACCGGACAAACCCAAUUCUCCUGGCUCAAGCAAAAUCGUUAGAAAGAAGUCGACUCUCAGUCGGAACAAAACAGACCUUUUUCGUGCUGCCAAGGAGCACCCAAGCAGUAUCAGUAGAUUAAAAGAAAAGUUUGCUAAGUUUUCUGCUGUUGCUUAUCAACGCAAGUUAAGUAACCAACUGUCUAUGAGCAGAAAAAAGAAAAGUAGGGCUUCUGAAGCCGUGGAGGGAGGUCCAUUAGAGAACUCUGUAUUACAAAGUGCCAAAGAAUUUCAAUCUACAUGUAGAAUAGUAGAGUGUCCAAGUGACAGUAAACUAAAUUCACAAACCCCAAACGACAGAAAACCCAAUCAUCCACACACUCCAAGAAGACAAGACAAAGCAUGUGCCAAAGAUUUUCAACGAUCAGAUCUAGGAGACAUUAACCAUAACCAUUCAAGAACACCCAUUAAAGGGGAGAAAACUGAUGAUGACCAGAGAGCUAGUCAGACAGCAUCGGAAUCUGGCGGUGCAGGUGCCCUUGUGUUGAGGCAGUGCCUGAUCGGGGCCAACCUGGCAUUUGGAUUGGUGCAACUUAAAACCAGUCCUAACGGCAAUAGUCACUCUGAUGGACAUGGUCUGGUUACCAUCAGGAUGAGGCCUGACGAUGAAGGAAGGUUUGGAUUCAAUGUCAAGGGAGGAGCAGACCAAGGCAUGCCCAUUAUUGUAUCUAGGGUGGCCCCAGGGACACCAGCCGACAUAGCCAUCCCACGCCUCAAUGAGGGCGACCAAGUGCUAUUUAUAAAUGGACGCGAUGUGUCCCAGCAUACCCACGAACAGGUUGUGAUGUUUAUCCGUGCUUCACGGGAAACCCAUUCAGGAGAACUAGUGCUUAUAGUUAGGCCCAAUGUAUAUGUUGGAGAAGAAGGGCCCCCCGAGGAACCCAAUUUGGAGUAUUUACCAGAAAAUUACCAGAUCAUUGCACCCCAGGGAACCGGGACCAAUGCCCUGGAGGCCUCGCUGAUGUUACUACAGGAGAGUCUGGACAGUGGAGCAGCUCUGGCACAGUUUGAGCAACUUUACAGAAAAAAGCCAGGCAUGACGAUGAAUGCUGCCCGAUUGGACAUCAACAUCGCUAAAAAUCGCUACAGGGACAUCUCGCCAUAUGACCAGACCCGAGUGAUCCUGAAGGAGCAGAAUGUCUCGGGCGGGGAUUACAUCAACGCCAACUAUGUUAACAUGGAAAUUCCAGGGAGUGGGAUUGUGAACAGAUACAUCGCUGCUCAAGGGCCGCUUCCAAAAACUUGUACAGACUUCUGGCAGAUGGUGUGGGAACAACAUUCAUCAUUAGUAGUUAUGUUAACUACCAAGGUGGAGAAAGGUCGCGUUAAGUGUCACCAGUACUGGCCGGAAAUGUACGAGACGAUGGACUACGGCUUGUUACAAAUCACCUGUGUGAAAGAGGAGGAAACCCCGUCAUUCGCUUUUAGGGAAUUUAAUUUAACACAUGUAGAGACAAGUGAAGAACGGCACAUAUCACACAUGCAGUACAUAGCUUGGCCAGACCACAAUGUCCCGGACGACCCUGCCGAUUUCUUGGAAUUUGUUCUUAAAGUCCGCCAGCGAAGAAUGGGUAUGGUGGAGCCCACUGUGGUCCAUUGUAGUGCGGGUAUUGGUAGAACUGGAGUAUUAAUUACCAUGGAGACUGCAAUGUGUCUAAUCGAAGCCAACCAGCCCGUGUAUCCCCUGUCUAUAGUCCGCCAAAUGAGGGACCAAAGAGCCAUGCUUAUACAAACAGCUACACAGUACAAAUUUGUGUGUGAAGCUAUCCUGAAAGUAUAUAAUGGUAUGUUGAAGCACAUUUUAAUAAAGAACUUGUGAAACCUUUAGAAGACUACCAAAGGUGAAAUUUGAAGAUGGAUAUUUCUUUCUGGAAAUCUGAACAACUUAAUCCAAUACAACAAAGAAAAAUGGAGAAGUCCUGCUCGACCCCAAGAGAGAGAUUCUGCUUGGAGAGAAAUCCACUCUCAGUGUGGGAUAAUCUAUUUUCAACUAUGUUGAGAGAAAAAUCCAUUUUCCACUUGCAGACCUAGGUGGCACAGAGACCGUCGGUGUCUGUGAUCCAGGGUCACUGCACCUGGCUGGUCCUGUGGAAUGUGCUCUCUGUGUAUGGAACGCUUCAAACUCCUUAAUGUGUGUGGUUGUGUCAGGGGAACAUGGAUAGCAUUUGUGAAGCAUUUCCACCUGCCCUUUGUGAAAGAAACAAAAUGGAAAAGAUAGUGACUUUUUCGUUCUUCAGCUAGGGCAGACGUGGGGUAUUUUAAUUGCAUAUCUUGUGUUAAGUUAUUACAUUAUUAUUUCUCAUUGUUAAAUCCACUGGUUUUACCUAAGCAUUUUAAAGUAUUUUUUUUUCUUUGUUGUUGAAUGAGAGGGAUGGUGUUAGUUAUAAUCUGUGUUUCCCAUGGUUUAUUUCUACUGUCAAUGGAAUAAGCAUUCAUUUGUGCUAAAGUUUGUAAUCGUGUAUGGUUGGCUGUUGUUUAUUUCUAACGGAGUUUGAAAGUCUCAUGGUUUUAUCUGACGUCAGCCUGUGCAUGUAUCACUCUGGUGUCAGUGUUUUCAACAGCGUUUAAAACUGACUUCAAUUUGAAAACCUUUUGUUUUAAGUUUUUGUUUAAAAAAUUUGCAAAUCUUUUGUUUUAAGUUUUGUUUAAAGGUAAAGCAUGUCUCAUUUAUUAGCUCUCCUCAGUACUGGUUAGGAAAUUUUUAAAAGUGACAUUGACAAAAAAAUUCCAUUGAAGUUAAUAUACACUUAGAGAUCACCAAAAAUAUAUAACAGCUGUGGAGAAAACGCAUGGUAUUCUCACAUUUUACGGAACUACCUCAGGAAGCGAAGCAGUGGAUAGCUGUGGCAGUACAUUUAGUCUGUUAUUUUGGUCUCGAACAAAAAGAGAAUAUGUGACUUAAGACAUCAAAGUUACUCUCGGAACUAAAUUUGCAUGCUCAUUUAUUUAGUAAAUUCACUGACAAUCAGUAGUAUCCAAUUUGUUAAGUGUUGAAUUCACAGUCUAUUAAAUUCCUCGUUAGAUUGGUGUCUUCAGUUUUAUUUAUUAUUAUUUAGCUGGCUUGACCCGUUGCCUUGAAUACUGUAAGUGAUUGUUGUUUUAAAAACUGUUCCCCUUUUCGUGUUAAUUUAUCAGUUUUCAGAUUUUGUUUAUUUUACAUUCCAUGUGCUUUUGUGAUUAUUUUAUAAUUUAUUUUUCUUUAUAUUAUAUUUUUGUGUUGUAAUUAUGCAGUAGAGUUGGAAGAAGGAAAAUAUAACAUGCAUUACACUUAUUGUUAAACUUUUAAAACACAAUUGGAGUUUUUUCCCUUUUCACUCAAUUAACCAUGUAGAAUGCGAGCACAGUUAUCAAAGAUGUAUACUGUUUUUAAAGUGAAAUAUUCAGUGAAUGUCAUAACCAGAUAUUAAAAUUCAGAUUUAAGGUUCAGCUAUCACAGAGUUUCUAUGUAUUCAUUUGGAUCUUAUGCAUUGUAUAAAAAAGGGACACUUUUGCAAUGUUAGGGGAAUGAAAAAAGGACUAUAUGCAAAAAGGACUUACACCUCUCCCCUCCCACCCACUCACUCCUCAUAAGAAAUAUAAAUUGAAAAUUGUUGUUGUGUAAAGCUAGAUUGCGUUUAAAGGGGGGAAAUCGAUGUCAAAAGCAAAACCAUGCCAUAGGCAAACAUUUUAUGUUUAUAUUUUGUCAAUGAUGUCGCAUAGUUGACCCCUCUUCUCCUGUAAUUGCUCAAACACUAGACAAAAAUCUGACUUUUUCCUGAUUUUCUUUUUUAAAAAUAAAGACUGUCAGCAUUUUCCACCUCCAAUUUCCUCUAGAACACAUGAUAAUGAGCAAUCGAUGUUACCUAUUUAAAAAAUAAACAACUUGAAAUACCAUAUUUCCUCUCGGAAUUCUCAAAUUUGUUGAUCCCUGUAAGUGGUCUCUGACCAACUUUAAUUUAGGGCAAGGACCGACCAAUGCUGCAUAUAGUUCUUUGAGGUUCUUCACAAAGUGAUGCCUGUAUGUGCAUUUAAAAUUUUGUUUUCAGAGGAACUUACAGAAAUAUUAUUACACCCUUGUAGUUUACACAAGUAUUUGAUAGGAGUAUGUAUUCCAAGCAAAAGAUGCAGCUUUUGUACUGCAGUUGAUGAAGUAUUGGAUCUGACAGAGAUUGAAUACCAAUUAAUUACAAACGCUGCUGUAUUUGUUAUUUGGAAUUUUUUUUUUCUUGGAUAAUUUCUGAAAGUGUUUGUGUGUGCGUAUGCGUGCGUGCGUGUGUAUGUGUGUGUGUGUGACAAAAGACAUGCUAACACAAUUCCCUUCUGUUUUGCAUGAUAAAUGCUAAUAUUAUGUAAAUAUAUGUGUACUAUUGUCUGGAAGGAGUUUACAGCAGAAAGAGUUUUUUCUGGGCAAUACAUAAUAAAAAAUUUUAAUAUAAAAAA